AUGACUAUGAUUGCCUUUGGAAUUGAGCUCAAGUUCUGUUUGUAUAGCUGUGUAUGUACUUGUACCCAUACCCAUACAUUUGUUUACCCCAUUAUAAUUGCUGGAGCUCUCAUUGCUCUCAUUGCACGGAAACCUCCCAUACCUGAGAAUCGCCCAACCUGCCACCCUAUGCAAUUUUUAUUUGCGUUAGAGAAUUUAUACUUGACAAAGCUGUUUAUGAAAUUACAUUACGUUCUUACUCAAACUAUGGGUAUCCGCAGCUUUAGUACUCAUCUCUUGACAGUUUCUGUUAUAAUCGUUAAUGAAAUUUACUAG